AUGCUCGUCAUCAUUUCAAGUGCUACACCGCACACAUUGAAGCUGUCUAAUGUUUACACCUCCAUGAAUAUAUUGAUAUCACAAAUAAGGACCAAACCCAUCCAUUUGCUAGAUAUCUGCGCUACUUUCACGCUGCUGUGUGUGACAGGUGACCGAGAAUCUUAUGAGAGACUACUAUAUCAGACUACAAACAAAGACUACAAUGUAAACUUCACCAAGAAGAACGAUGUUGUAUCAAAAUUCUUAGAAAAAGCGUUUCAACGAAAUACUCAAUCGUUGUGGUAUAAAAUGCAGCAAAACUUUUUUGGAAAGUAUACUGUAAUCAAAAUGUUAGCUGUCUUUCUGCUGGUUGUGAUUUUUGUGGAAACAACGAGUGGCGAAGUUUACGUCAACUCUACAAAUGAGAAUCCUUAUCUCUUGACAUUGACGGUAUCGCCAGGAAUCAAAAAGCUCUACGAUGGACAACUGAAGCUUAUUGAGAAUAGCAUAAAGUCGAUUCCAUUGCCUCCGGAGAUCUACGGCAGAGACACUUACAAGUUUUUAUUUGAAAAAAAAGUUGUCGAAAUUUGGGUACGGGAGCUACAUUUCAAAAGUCUUCAACUUCCUAACUCGAAUGAUAUCUCGUUUAUAGAUAAGCAGGACGGUGUGCGUCUACAGGUAAGAAAUCUACAGUACAGGCUCGGUGCUCAAGUUAAAGUGCAUACAUGGCCAAUAACGGCAACGGAGAGAUUAGAAGUUUAUUCGAGCUCGGCAUCAGCGGAUAUCGACUUGACUUGGACAGAUUUUGCUUUCCGCUCUUCGACGAGAAUAAGUUUAAGACCAAGUAUCAGGUGGCCAAAAGCGUGGUAUUGGCAAGUGGCAGAGAAGUUUUUCGACAAAACAGCAACAAACAUAAUCAAAGAUAAUGCAGAAAAACAAAUAGACAAAAAGGUGAACAGUGCAGUAGAAGUGCUUUUGAAUCCUAUUCUGCAAAAAUUGAAAAAGCGCGCAAAAGGCAGCGCUAUUGACUUUGACAGAAUGGCUGCUUUGCAGUGGAGUGUGCAAAACCAGUACCUACGCGUCGCAGUGAAACCGAAAAGUGCGAAAGUCUUCCCGCCGCCUAUGCCAUGCCGCAAGAUGCUCUGUGUUGAUAUCAAUCUGCGCAACAUGCUGUUAGCAGCUCUAAACCCAGCACAGGAAGUGGUCACCGCCAAUGAUAUCGAGACUGCUAACAGCCAGGGAUUUACUUGUUCGAACCCAGGCUUUACCUGCGACGGAAACUACUGCCAACUUGCUUCCGAUGUGGUGAUAUCACCAACAAUAAGCACUUCUGACGAUUGGUAUAACUGCUUAUCGUUUGAGUAACUGUGAUAAAUCUUUGCAGGCAUCUUUGUACAAUGUUUAAGAAAAGUUGCUUUCUGAUGCAUCCAUGCUGUAUCGACCGAAAUAAAGCUAAAAUGUGAC